UAGCUUUUAGUAACGAGUGCAUUUCUUGAUUACUGUUAAUGUUCCCUUUUAUGUAUUAUGGACUGUCGCAUAGGCGGCAUUCUUUUUUCAUCAAACUUCGACUCGGGAAAUCUAGCUCGUGUCGAGAAAGUCCUACGUGACCCAGAUGAACCUCUAUCAUUAUCAAUUCAAUCUAAUUCAAAACAACAACAGCAACUAGUACAGAAAACCACUAAUAAAGUUAACAGUAAUAUUUUUGGAAAUUUCGCAAUAGCAGACGUUCGAGCUGAUUACGAGUUCAGGAUGUGGAUCAAACCGGACUGCGCUGGCACUGCAUAUGCGAAUGGGAAUCGAACAUGGUUUUAUUUUUCUAUGCGCGGGUACAGUCCUGGGAAGAUUAUGCGGGCUACUAUAAUGAAUAUGAAUAAACAAUCAAAAAUUUAUAGUCAAGGCUUUUCCCCGAUUUAUCGCGUCUGCAGUCCAUCAGCAGCUCACUCUAGAUGGCAACGUAUACGUGAUAAGCCUUUUUGGGAACUAGUCAAUGGACAAUUUCUUUUAACAUUUAUACAUCGAUUCCAGGAUCCACGUGGGAGUAUUACGUAUUUUGCGUUUUGUUAUCCAUGGACAUAUAAUGAAAUGCAAACACAAUUAAAUAAAUUAGAUAGCAUAUUUCAUUACAAUAAAAAUGAAAACGUUAACGUCAAUAAUAAAAAUUUAUGCAAUAAAUAUAAUACGAUGAAGUUGAGUCAAAUAAACAAUAAUGAUAAGUCUGAAGAUACUUGCAAAACUUCACCAGAAUUAUUGACAUCAUUGAAUAUGAAUAAAACAAAAAUGAAUAAUGGUACCGUUGAUAUUACUCUGACUUCAUUUGCUCUACCUUCCUCCCUUUCCUCCUCCUCCUCCUCAUCAUCAUCAUCAUCACUAUCAUCAUCACCUUCUUCCUCAUCAUAUGAUCCAAAAUGUUUCCCAGAAAAUGAUUUAUUUGAUAAGAUUUAUUUUCAUAGAGAAUUACUUUGUUAUAGUUUAGAAGGAAGAAGAAUCGAAUUAUUGACAAUCACUGAUUGGUCUGGAUGUACUUUUGUUGAAGAGGAUCGCUUUGAUCCAUUAUUAUUUCCUGAUUUAGAUAAAUCUAGACCAUGGAAAUUUACAAAUAAAAAGGUUGUUUUUGUUAGUGCUCGUGUACAUCCCGGUGAAACACCAUCAAGUCAUGUAUUUAAUGGAUUAUUGGAAUUUUUACUACGUAUAAAUGAUCAUCGUGCAUGUGAAUUACGUAAACAUUAUAUAUUUAAAUUAAUACCAAUGUUAAAUCCAGAUGGUGUAUUUCAUGGUCACUAUAGAACAGAUACUCGUGGUGUCAAUUUAAAUCGUGUUUAUUUAAAACCUGAUUUUCUAUACUAUCCAUCAAUUUAUGCAACUAAAGCUUUAAUUAUUUAUUAUCAUACAAACUAUGGAACAUUAAAAUCAUAUGCACCAUUUUUAGAUGAUAUUUUUAAGCAAAAAUUAUAUACUACUACUACUAACCAUUUUAAAACAAACUCUGAAAAUAUUACUAUCAAAAAUACAAAUAAUCAACCUCGUAUUAUUGAUAAAUUAUCACUUAACCAAACAAUUUUUCCAUGUGAAGGUGUAAAACAGACAAAAGAGAAAAUCUUAUCUGAUUGUGAAACAAAAGAAGUAAAGUCAAUUAAGCAAUUAACUUCAGAAAAUCGUUCGAUAAAAGAAUAUUGUACAACCAUUAAACAAGAUGAAGAAAAAGAAAAAUCACAUUUAAACUUUAUGAAUGAUCAUCUGUCAACUACGUUUGAGCAACAAAUGGAUAAUCAAAAUAUCUUCUUGACAAAAUUAUUUGAUACUGGAUUAUCAUCAUCAAUAACAUCAAACUCACUGUCAAAAGCAGAUAGUCUUGCAGAAAAAAAUUUAUCUUCUAAGUAUUUAUCACCUAUUGAACGUAUGUUUACUAGUUCCAGUUCAACAAAAAAUGAUGAAGAUACAUCGAUUGUUCAUCGGGUCAACUUUCCUAUUGCUGACACUGAUAAGAAUUCAAUCACUAAUCAAUGCGAUACAGAUUUAAGAAGUACUUCAAAUUAUUUUCAUACUAUUACUGAAACGAAUAAUUCACCACAGAAAACAUUAUCACGAUUAAACUAUUCAACGUCAAUUUCAACACCAUCUCAUAACACUGAAUUAAAUAAAAAAGUUUAUAAAAAUGUAAAACCUUUAAAACUAACUAGACUUCCAGUAACAUGUAAUACAGAACUUGAUUCUCAAAAAUCUCUUGAAGAUUAUCAUGCAGCAUCCCGAACUCAAUAUGCAAUAUCAAAAACAAGUAAUUUAGUACCAUUAGUUACAAAACUUACUACAUCAACACUAAAUUCCAAUGUUGCAAAACAUUCAAGUUUAGAUGAUGGAAUAUCUAAGAGAUUAAGUAACCAAUAUAGACAUAGAACAGUUGAACAAAAAACACUAAAUCAAUCAAAUUACAUUUCAUAUUUUGAUAAAAAUAAACGCCGUUCAACAUUAAAAGUUGAUUAUCUUCCUUAUUUUUUAAUGAAAUGGAAUAGACCAUAUGAAAAACCCAUAACAACCAAAUAUUUUACAAAAUUAACUUUAGAAAAUUUAAACAUUGUUAAUACACAAAUAAAUUUAAAUAAUAAAAAUGAAAGAAAUGCUAAACAACAACAAUUGGAAUCAAUCAACACUAUGUAUUCAUCUAAUAAAUUUAAAUCUUAUUUAAAACAUGAAAAAAUAAAAAAACGAAAAAUUAAUUUUAUAAAUGAAAAUACUUCAAUAUUGAAUGCAAAACAGACUACUUAUAAUAAUAAUAAUAAUAAUAAUAAUAAUAAUAAUAAUAAUAAUGAUAUAAUGACUACACUUAUCCCAUUAGAAGAUACUAUAGAAUAUGAUUACAAUUACAAGAUUAAUACAAAUAAAUUAAUUGAAAAAGACAGUAUGAUAAUAAAGUCAACAAAUCAUAUAGUAAAUAAUAAUAGUAAUCAAAUGGAGAAUAUUUCUAAUGAAGAAAUUAAACAAUUCAUCAAUGAAGAAUUUUACAGUUACGAUACAUCUCAUUCUAUUUUAGGCAAUGAAGGAUCAGAUUCAGAUGGAGAUAAUUACAGUAAAUAG